AUGACAUAUCAUGUUGCUGCCUCUAAAAACCAGCACAAAUGUGACUUUUCGACUACUACAAUCCUGAGGAGCCAGUUAAAAUCCUCAUACUCAUCGAAACAGACGCGGUCAUUACCGGAGACAUGUCCGGACUGUUGGCAGACGGGUGAUUCCUUCAGUCCAGCUCCUACCAGAGGACACUCCAGCAGUACCACACCUUCUGCACAGGAAUGA